AUGUCCCUUUCAUACGAUCGGUACAUUGCCUGCUUGGAGGCUCCAGCCUCCUGCAGCCAAGUCAAGUUCGAUACUGAGGUGGACCUCGAAUUGCUUACGCAACUGACAAUUGCGGCCACUCUCGCCGGACUGGCAGUUCCGGGUCUGUACCUUAUUGGUCGCAGACUCUUCGUAGCAGCCAAGAAUACCUACGCAAAGUCCAUGGCGAGGGCCCUGGCCCAACACACAGCCGUCGUCAGGGGGUUCGCUUCCAAAGUGACCCCUUCCAUGAACCGCUUUCGUUCAUGUGGUCUUCUUCGUGCCCGGACUGACCCCCCGGUGCUUGAAGUCGCCAACCUCGAAGAGCACGUCCAGCAGCUCGACCCCCUGGACACUCUCUUCUGGAAAGCUCCCGUCCGUCCCGACAUCUGCCCACGGACACCAGAGUCACUCGCCUUUUCAUGCCAAGAGUGCGCCUACGACCCCGUCAAAGGCCACUUCCACAGGAUCACUGAAGACCCUGUCAAGAUCAAGAGGUACGAGCAGUAUCUGGCCCGCAAGAACGCGGAGGAGUUGUCUUGGCAAGUCAAGAAGGAGGGUCGUGUUGCCGCGAUCAUGGAGCAACGACGCCGCGAGGGUGCUCAUGUUCCAUGCAUCACAGAGCCUAGGCACGUACCCACUGCCCGUUACAGCCGGGAGACUACGCAGCCCAGCGCGCUCAAGCGACGGGAUAUGGAAGUGAGGCGACAAGGCCGUCGGGUGACCUUUGGGGAGCCCGAGAUCCGAGACCUCUACGACCUUUUACCCGCUCUGGCAAUCAGCAACACGGUUUCACGGCCGCGAGCACCCACGCCAGCCUGGCCCCAGGCCUUGACGGACGACUCGAUUGAGGAGCUGAUCGAUCCCGACGAAAUGGACACAGGCGAGGACAUGCCCGUCGAACUUGAUUCGGACACGGAUGAGUUCUUUCGUCGGAAUCAGCCCGAGAACCCCCAGCGAAGUGAGAUCUCGCCAGAGGAACUCCUCUUCGAGUCAUGGACCAGACAGCGUGAGGAACACGACAAAAAAUUCCUGGAAGAGUGCAAGGCACUGCGGAAGGAUGAAGCUAUGUGGUUUUUAGCCGCAAACAUCAUCUUUGUGCGCCACUCUCUGACCACGAACUCCUUUAACACCGAGGAGAGGUUAAAGCAACGCGUUUCUCACGCUGAGGCGUGCAUCGAGGCUCGCAUCGACAUGCUCAUUAACAUGAUGAAUAAGCACCGGAUCGAGAUCCUGACAGAGGAGCAUGUUGAGAUCCUUCAGUGGAAUGAGUACUUCAACACGUUCUAUUUCGGCUGCGCCAAAUUGGCAGGAACUCGUCAUAUCUCCGAUGUUUCGAGGGAUCGUCUCCGGAAUAUUCUGUCGGUUCUCGCUCAGAUCGGGUAUCGCUUUCGCCUGGCCCUCCCCCUUGUUAACUUCAUGGAGGUCCGCCCAGACAACGCCAACGCUCUCGAAAUCCCCGCCGAUCUCCAGGCGACGAUUGAGAGAAACUGGGUAGUGCUUGGUUGA